AUGUCCCAGUCACACGGUGUAACCUACAGACCUCACUGUGGAGGCCUGGCAGCUGCCAUCUCAAAACUUCAGCAAAUAAAACACAGAGUCUUAUUAACAGGGCUGCAGUCCAUUAAAGGCAGCAUCAGGGAUCACAGACAGCUGGCUCACUACCUCUCCCUGCUCUGCUUCCUGCUCACCAUCAUCACCCUGCUGCUCACUCUCUGCUUGGUGCAGAUAACGUCGCUGUUCCAGUCACAGUUGGCCGUGCAGAAAAACAAACUGAGAGAUGUGACGAGCAGACUGGAGAAGCAAAACCAGUCGUAUCGCCUCCUGUUCUCCCAGUAUCCUGCUCUCAACCAGUACUGCUCCGUCAGCAACUCCACUACCGGUGAGCGACACUGCAGUCCGUGUCCAGCCGGCUGGGAGCACAAAGGAGACAAAUGUUUCCUGUUCAGUCAGGACAGAGCCGACUGGAUCAGCAGCCAGUACCGCUGCAUGGCACAGGGGGGGCGCCUGGUCCGAGUCAGCACGGAGGAGGAGCAGGAGUUUCUGUGGAGUAAAGCUCAGAGUCUGAGUCAGGGAGACUCGUACUGGCUCGGUCUGAGGAGCAGCGGGAGUCAGGGGGGCUGGAGGUGGAGCGACGGCUCCCUGCUGGAUGGGCCACCACAGUUUUGGGCGCGUGAGCCGGAUAAAGGCGACGGCAGGGAGCUGUGUGGUCGACUCACACCAGGAGACAAAUACCUCAGGACUUGGUUCGUCUCCAGAUGUUCAGGACAAGUGAGGAGGAUCUGUGAGAGGAGGAAGGCUACUCUGCAGUGA